AUGACAAUAAUAUCGCAGCCCAAAAGGAGCGACUACCCGUAUGAUUUAGGUACCUUUGGACGACUCAUCACCACCACCAGUGCCGAAGCCCAGAUCUGGUUCAAUCGUGGUCUCACCUGGGUAUAUUCCUUCAAUCACGAUGAGGGGGCUAAAUGCUUUGAGCAAGCCAUUGCCCACGAUGAAUCCUGUGCCAUUGCAUAUUGGGGUCUCGCUUAUGCCCUCGGCCCAAAUUACAAUAAGUCUUGGGUGGUUUUCGGCGACGGUCUGAAGAAAACUAUACAGCGCACGUACCAAGCUUGUCAGAAAGCAAAGGAACUUGCUCCUAGUGCAACUCCCUUGGAACAAGCAUUGAUUUCUGCCAUCCAAGCUCGCUUCCAGAGCGACCAGCCAGCGGAUCUUGCUCAGUACACCGCUCAAGAUCGUGCCUAUGCUGACGCAAUGGAGGGGGCAUAUGACGCUUUUGGCGAUGAUCUUGAUGUAGCAGUUUUGUACGCCGACUCUAUGAUGAGUUUGACUCCCUGGAAGCUGUGGAAUUUGGAGACCGGGCAGCCGAACCCGGGUACACGUACCUUGGAUGCAAAGAAAGUGCUAGAGAAGGCACUUCAACACAAGGAUGCGUACCAACACCCGGGCUUGCUGCACUUGUACAUUCAUCUUAUCGAGAUGUCCCCCACACCAGAGCUGGGCCUAGUUCCGGCUGAUUAUCUACGCGAGCUCGUCCCAGAUGCCGGUCAUGUGAACCACAUGCCCUCGCACUUGGAUACCCUGGUCGGAGAUUAUCGGGCUGCUAUACGCGCCAAUCAGCGCGCCACCAUUUCUGAUGAGAAGUUCGUCCGUCUGGAGGGUGUGAUGAACUUCUAUUCCAACUAUCGCAUGCACAAUUAUCAUACCCUUAUCUAUUCGGCGAUGUUCGCAGGUCAGAAGCAUGUUGCCCUCGAUGCUGUAGAGCGCAUGGAAGCAACUCUCCCAAAAGAGCUUCUCGUUCAAAUGGCAGAUUGGAUUGAAGUCUUCCUGACAAUUCGGCCACACGUCAUGAUUCGCUUCGGUAUGUGGAAUGAAAUCAUCAGCCUCCAAAUCCCCGAUGAUCCAAAGCUCUACUGUGCCACUAUUGCAGCUAUACUAUACGCGAAAGGUAUCGCGUACGCAGCAACUGGGAACAUUCCGGAAGCUGAGAAACACCGAGAUCUACAUAAUGAAGCAGCCAAACUUGUUCCCGAGUCCCGUCUUGAUUUCCCGAACAAAUGUGUGGAUACCAUUAGUAUCGCGACUGCGAUGUUGGAUGGUGAGAUAGAAUACCGACGUGGAAAUCAUACCAAGGCAUUCGAACACCUCCGUCACUCCAUCGAAUUGGAUGAUGGUCUGGGAUACAAGGAGCCGUGGAGCUGGAUGCAACCUGCUCGCCAUGCGUAUGCUGCCCUUUUAUUGGAGCAAGAUCAUGUUGAAGAUGCAGCGACUGCGUAUCGAUGUGACCUGGGGCUCGAUGACUCUGUGAUUCGGGCACGUCAACACCCAAAUAAUGUUUGGGCUUUGCAGGGGUAUCACGAGUGCUUGCUUCGAUUGGGCCGCACUGCAGAGGCCAGAGUGAUUGAGCCGCAGCUUAAGAUUGCUUUGGCGGUGGCGGAUAUUCCUAUCAAGUCCUCGUGUUUCUGUCGAACUGACAUUUCACCGGCAUCGGGUGUAGGAAAAACUUGCUCUGGUAAUAGUUGCCUUUGA